GCACUUUAGUCAGUCAGUCUCAAGACUCGUCCCCGCUCGCACGUCUCGAAGGCGACGUCUCGUACGCAACAGGGAGAGAGACAGGACUUAAUAAAAAAAAACAGAGACAGUUGGAUCGUCAGGCAGGGUGCCCUCCACAACUUGGACUUCGACUCAGAACGGACGGGAAUGUAGUUACCUGUGACUUGUGUCUUGAUUUCAUUACUAACAACUUGAAAAUUUAGUGUCUUGAUUAUUCUAACACACAAAAGGGAGACACUUCAAAUUUCUAACAAUUUGUAGUGACUUGAUCGGAAACAAUCGAAUUAUCUUAAGAUGGGCUCUCGGACGUUUCUGCUGUCCGGGGCGCUGCUGAUGCUCUUCUCAGCGGCCUUAGGACGUGUUGCCUUCGAGAAAUUAACGGAGCUAGACUACAGAGGAUCUACCUACUAUACCAUUAGGAAUCUGUCGCUAUGGGAAUGCCAAGGAUGGUGUCGGGAGGAACCCGAAUGCGCUGCUGCCUCCUUCAGUUUUGUAAUGAAUCCCCUGGCACCGGUGCAAGAGACGCUGUGUCUCCUGCAGAACGAAACCAUGGCUUCGAACCCGUCGGCACAGCCACAGAGAGCAGUGUCACUGUACUAUAUGGUGAAGCUUUCCGUCAGGACUGACAAAGUGUGCAACAGACCCUGGACGUUUGAGAGAGUUCCCAACAAGAUGAUCAAAGGGCUCGACAACGCUCUCAUCUUCACAUCCACCAAAGAGGCCUGUCUGGCAUCUUGUCUCAACGAGCGACGUUUCAUUUGCCGGAGUGCCGAAUACAACUACGUGACCCUUCAGUGCCACCUGAGCGAGCACGACCGUCGGUCUGUGACAGAAUCUGUGGAAAUGGUCGACGUCCAAGGAGUUGAUUUCUUCGAGAACCUCUGCCUGGGAUCCUCGGAAUCUUGCCAAGGAGAGCGUGAUUACAUUGAACCCCAGUUCGGAGUGCCAGUGGACAGGGUGUCACACUACGUGGAUAUGCACUACUACGUCGAUAAGGAACUCAUGGCCAACAGCGACGCAGCUUGCAAGAGAGCGUGCGAGAUCGAAAACGAGUUCCUGUGCCGGUCUUUCCUCUACAAAGGUCCCCCUACAGGAAACUCUUACAACUGCCAGCUCUUCCACCUCGACCACUACACCCUCCCCGACGGCCCAUCCACAUUCCUCUCCACGGACAGACCACUCUUGGACAACGGAGAACGCACUGGUACUUACUACGAAAAUGCCUGCAAGAACUCGAGGGAUAAUAUGAUCUGUAAGCAGGUGACCACCAGAGACAAUCGAUAUAUAACUCAGAUCAUGUGUUUUGACAAGGCAUCCAUCUCACGCCAAGUCAACAUCGAGGGAGUUGAGAUGCUCGGAUCUCUGGAUGGUGCCAGUGGAAGUACCAGUGGAAGUACCAGUGGAAGCCGACUCCAUAACGGGUGGUUCAACAAGCGGUGGCUCUAUCUCAGGUGGCACAACCAGCGGUGGCUCUAUCUCAGGCGGCUCAACAGCGGUGGCUCUAUCUCAGGUGGCACAACCAGCGGUGGCUCUAUCUCAGGUGGCUCAACCAGCAGUGGUUCUAUCUCAGGAGGCUCAACCAGCAGUGGUUCUAUCUCAGGAGGCUCAACCAGCAGUGGUUCUAUCUCAGGUGGCUCAACCAGCAGUGGUUCUAUCUCAGGUGGCUCAACCAGCGGUGGCUCUAUCUCAGGUGGCUCAACCAGCAGUGGUUCUAUCGCAGGUGGCUCAACAAGCAGUGGUUCUUUUGGCGGCUCAACGAGCGGUGGUUCCUUUGGAGGCUCAACUAGUGGAGGAGGUUCCUUCACCGGUGGCUCAACUGGCGGUGGUUCUUUCGUCAGUGGAUCAACUAGUGGGGGCUCUUCCUCUAGCGGCUCUUUUGGAAUUUCAACUGGAACCACGUCAUCUGGAGGAGUGACUUCCAGUCCCGGUAGCGACAACGUGAACUGCGACACAACAGGAGUUUGCUACGAUGUAUCUGUCCACUGCAAGGACACUCGCAUUGUCGUUGAGGUGGCCACGAAUCAACCGUUCAACGGCAGGAUCUAUGCUCUGGGAAGGUCAGAAACCUGCAACGUCCAGGUUACUAACUCAGACAGAUUCCGUCUCGACCUUUCAAUGGCUGGACAAGACUGCAACACACAGAGCGCAGGUGGAGUCUAUACAAACACGGUGGUGAUCCAGCAUCACUCAAUCGUGAUGACCAAAACUGACAAGAUUUACAAAGUCCGCUGUACAUAUGACAUGACCUCGAAGAACAUUACAUUUGGAAUGCUUCCAAUCAGCAGUUCAGGCCAGCAGGGUGACCAGAUUUCCGAGGAACUGAUCAUCCGGGACCCGGAUAUGAUUCCCAUCACUUCCACCCCCGAGGCACCCCCACCCAAAAUCAGGAUCUUGGAUGCUGCCCUACGAGAAGUGGAGACCGUCAGGAUUGGAGACAGGCUCACCUUCAGAAUCGAGAUUCCCUCAACAACUCCCUACGGGAUUUUCGCCAGAAGUUGCGUUGCUAUGGCCAAGGAUUCCCGAUCUACUUUCCAGAUCAUCGACGACGAUGGGUGUCCCGUGGAGCCCUCAAUCUUUCCUCAGUUCACGAGAGACGGAUCAGCGCUGCAGUCAGUAUACGAGGCCUUCAGGUUUACUGAAUCCUACGGCGUUAUCUUCCAGUGCAACGUCAAGUACUGCUUAGGACCCUGUGAUCCAGCCAGAUGCCAAAUUGGGCGCGAACAGAUUGAGUCUUGGGGCAGGAAACGUCGAGGCAUCAGCAGCAGCAGCAUGAGGGGAGCCAGAGGUCAUGUUCAGGAGACCACUAAGGAAGAAGCCCUGAGGGCAGCAGCCCUCACCUCCUCUACUGGAGGAGACGAGAUGAGCAUCAGCCAGGAAAUUCUGGUCCUCGAUCUGGGAGAUGACCAAGAUCCCCAGUACAAAGAAAACCAACAGUACGACCCUUACAACGAGUAUUACACCAACAAUACCUUUACCUACGAGAAAGCGGACGUCACACUGUUCGAGACGUGCCCAACAAGGUCCUCUGUAUUGGCCCUGGCUGUUACCUGUGCCAUCCUCCUCCUCAUAUACGUCCUUACGGUCUUCUACUUCGUCAUGAGAAAGUGGUUCCGACCUCCGAAGAACCUGCGAUAGACGACGCAGACGGCGAGGAAGGGCGACGAAACUGGAUUCCCGAAUAAAUCUCGUGUUCAAUGUGAUGACUUCAUUCAGUUUUUGUUAUACAAAAAUGAUCUGAUGCGAGGGGAUAAAAUAUGAGACGAAACCCUAUGAAGGCCGACAGAAACGGUUCGCGUGGCAGAACUGACUGUUGGAACUAUAACCUAACAUGCAAAAGUCGAAUGAAUUAGGACUUUCCGUGACUUAUAUUUAUUAGACUCAGUCCACUUAUUUAUUCAUUUAUUUAUUGUUAAAUUAUUCACUUAUUUAUGUGCACUUUAUAGUUCAUAUACAACUUUUUUUUCAGAAGUCAUAUUAGGGUUUACACAGUGUCCAUCUAUUUUUUCUUGUUCAUUCAUUCCAAUUCUUCAGUAUGGAGAUGAUGAACAGGCAUACGCCAUGGCCCAGUGGCCUGCUGCUAAUUACUAGAAGCACAAACAAUGACAAAUAAUCAAUAAACUUCGAGGCAUUAUCCGCAAGUGUUAUCCAGGGCAUUGUUUACAUUGGAUAAAAUAAGACAAAACCAUAUUCACCUGAGAUCUUGAUCGGGCAUUGAAAUCUCAGAAGAGUUACCUUUAGUAUAUAUAAUCUUGUAAUAGAUAAUCUUGUAAUAGACAUGUCACACUUUUUUUUACGUAACUUUUUUGUAACGACAAAAAAGCAGUAGAUUUAUGUGGACGUUCGCUUUGCAAUGACAACCUGAAGACCGCACACAGUGUAAGCACCGUCUCUGCAUCAGACCCAGAACUAGAGGGACGAGGUGAAGACAGACUGGGAUGUCCACAGAUUUCAUCCCUUUCGUGCAUGAGCACACGAAAUUUGGGCCAUAGGGCCCGGCGUUGGAGCCGGGCAUCGCUUCUAGCGUGUGCGCUUCUGGUUGUCUGAGCAGACGAACAUCCAAAAAUCAGUAAUUUGUGAUUUAAUCUAUUUAACCAAUUCAUAAUACUGACUUCCCCUUGACGAAAGGGACCGCAAAGCUACAUUUUCUUCACAUUUCCACCUUCUGUGAUAACCCCAAUAUUCUUAGGGUUGUUAUAAACAAAACUUAGGUAGAACGCAAUUUUCAUCGUUUCUUGUUGUUGUUAUUUAUACUGUGAUUGAGAAGUUGCACUCGAUUCCAGGUCUCUGUGCUUCAGCUGUAACAUUUACGAGGACUUGGAAAAAGAUCAGCUCUGAGGUCCUCUCGUUUCCCGGCUAAUAGAUGGCUGUUAGGGGACCAUAUGAGUAUACAUAAAGCGUUUUCUAAUCAUUUACCAUUAACAUGUCAAAAUGAUUGCGCAAAUUAACACGAGAAUAUACAAAAUUUAAUCUAAUCAUUUACCCUUAUCAUAUUAAAAUUAAUGCGCACAUUAAGACUUGGAAAAACCUCCUAGAAUAUGAAAUCUAAAGUCCAUUGAUAAAUUUCUUUUAGACAACUCAUUACAAAAAUAAAAAUAAAAGUUUGUUUCGUAGAAUUUCCUCCUUCCAGCCAAACCGGUGUAACAGAGAAACCAGAGUCUAAUUAGCUGCUGUUUUUGAGCAUCCUGGGUCUAUCAAUUUUGCGUCGUGCAAUUACGCGAGAGCAUUGCGUCUGUUAUAGUUGACAUUAACCCUUUUCAUCUUUUUCAUGUUUGAAACUUCGCUUCCUAGAAUGUUAGAGGUAUUAUUUAUUGUUAGUCUUUGUCCCAUUGUUUGUUCGUUUUGAAAACCCAGUUGUCUUAACGUUUUCCUUCUCGUCAUAUGCUCCAGAGCUCCUAAAUGGAGCCAUGAUAAAGAACAGAUGAGCGAAUUUUAGAUUUAUUGUCAAUUAUCGUUUACCACAAGAAUCCGUUUGGUACCUUGAGCUCGGGGGUCCAAGGAGGGCCCGCCCCCUACCUUCAGCCACAGGCCCCAUCUGGAAAGUAACCUGGAUCGGAAUCUGGAAAAAUGAGCCAACGACGAGGACAAAGUCACAAAGGGGACGCUAAUUAACUGACUCUUGAAAAAGGGGAGGAGCCGCCAAGAGAGGAGUCAAUGACAGAAUACCAUUGUAAUAUUUUUUCUAAAUUACAUUUAAAAUUUUCCUGACCAAAACAAAAAGAAAAAAAAAAUUAAAUUUGAGGUCUAAUUGUGUCCCUCCACAAAUCCUACAAUAGGAAAGUCAACACACAAUAUGUCUGUUUGAUUUUGCUAUUUAAAAUAUACAGCAGAAAGGUCAUCGAAAGCUUUCGGCUUCAUAUUAUAAAUAACAAAAUCAAACAGUGGAUUUGCUUUCCCAUUUCAUUGACUCGUGUGAUUAUGAGUUUUCUUUGAAUCCCACAAUACUUAUGAUUCUACAAUUCAGACCACUUCUGUUGGACGGUGAACGUAAUAUCGAAAGGAAAAUUCUUCCAACAUAAUAAUCUAUUCUACAAUCUGUGUUAGAGGUUAUAAUCCCUAUAAUUUCCCGACACCUGAAUUCAUCCUUUUUCCAAGUGAUUCACAUUCAAUCUUAUUUCACUCGUGUAUGCAGUAUGUUUUUAUGUAUACAUCACAAGCAUACACAUACAGCAUAUAACACGACGCUGUUUGGUGCACAACAAUAAAAGUCGACUAAGUACAAAUCACCAGGAAAAAAAAAUGAUCUUCGUGAGGCUCUGCUCCUUCCUAAUUUAUUCAAUGGUGAUUUGCUUAUAUACUACUUAAUUCAUCAAUGCUUCUAGAUCCUAUGUCAUAGUUAUACAGUUGUUGUAAAUAUCGUGUCAUUAAUCUUAUUUAUGUAGUGUGUUGUUUUUGUUACUACAGUGCUCUGUAGAUAAUAAAUGUUACAAAAG